AUGUUGAUAAUAUUUGUGAUAGCUUUAUUUCUCCCAAAUUUCAUAAAAUGUCAUCUUUUCGAUGUUGUCGGAUAUUUUAUGGAAUUAGAAGUUCCUGAGAGAAUGACUGAUCUUACUUUGGAAGUUGCGAUUUUGUGAGUUCUAGACUUCGACAUUUUAAAAGACUCGUAUUCCAGGUUGAAAAAUCAAUCAAGUUCAGCUAAUCAGUAUUAUAAGACAAGUUCGGAGAAAUUGUUCGAAUACAUUGAUGAUGCUGAUAAUUUUCAAGUUUCGUAUUGUGGACAACGAAUUCAGGAUUCGGGUGAAUGAAUUUUGAUGGCCUAGAAUUUUUGAAUAGGCGGUUUUUAAUGAGUUAGGCCACGUGUACGAUGUGCUGUCGUAUUGUCGAAGUUUGGAAGAAACGAAAUGUGUCUGGUAAAAAAUAAAAACCAGUGUAGAAUUGAAUGAAUGAAAAAACAUUUCUUCGUCAGUCGCGCGCGGCUGUGCGUCGCGGUCGGUAAACGUAGGAAAAAAAUUGAUUGUUUUUCGACCGCGACGCAUAGCCGCACGCGACUAACGAAAUAAUGUUUUUUAUUCAUUCAACUCUGCAUUGGUUUUUAUUUUUACGGCAUACAUAUUUUUCAUGUCCGAUAAUUCGAAGAGCAUGCGGUUUUUCUGAUGUAACAUUUCAAAAUUUUUUGAAACGUAAAAAACCAGCUUUAAAAAAUAUUGCGAAACAUUAGAGAAGAGACGCGAGACGAAAAAGGGAUAUUUAUACAAAACUCUUGAAUAUAGGCGGUUAGGCGGGAACACUUUGUUAGAGGUCUCGCAACGACCCAUCGUAAUUGCAAAGACCUCAAUUUCUUUUUUUCCCUUUCAGUAAAAGGAAAAUUCAAAGCUCUUAUGGAAUUCGAGAGCCGACGAUACAAAAAUUCCGAUCAACUCAAAAUACACCAUAAAUAUUAUCCAGAAAAUGGUCUCAAUAAUACAAUUCUUCUCCUCUUCAAUUUGCCAAGUUUGUUAAACUUCGAGACGAAAAAAUACAUUAAUAUAAGUUUUGAAAGAGAUAAUUAUCUUUUGAAAAUACAAUCGAUUAAUAUAUUUGGAUCAAUGUGUUUGGAUAAAGUUGAUACAAAUUUGGAUGUUGUGGGCAAAGAGUUUCCACAAAAAAUUGUCGAAGGAAUGUGAGUUUGGUUUCAAAAACACUUCUGGAAUAUUUCAGCACUCAUUUUCAGAUUGUCAAAUAUCACGAAGAAAAUACAUGAUACAUAUGAUGAUUCGGUGGAAGUUUUCAUCGACAAAGAUCUCAAAUCCAAUAAAAAAUUCAAUCUUCGUGAGUUAUUUUGUGAAGUGAAGCAAAUAUAAAUAAACGUCAAAUUCAGAUGAAUUCGAGGCUUUCAUACUUCGGUUAAUGAAAAGAUAUAAACUUUCUGAUAAACAAAAACCAAGAAUUAAUAUAAUGCAACAAACAUCUGAUCAUAUGGUAUUUCAUAUUGAAAUAGGCUUGAAUAGCACACAAUUCAAGGAAUAUGAUUUUGAAGUGUGGGAUUUUCAAUUUGAAGCAAAAUAUGUAAGAAUUAAUGUACAUAGCGUAUGCGAAAAUAUGUGCCCCUUUAAAAUUUUUUAUUUUCAUCAAAAUAAUGAAAUUAAAGGUGCACAGAUUUUCUCACUGACUAAUAUCUCGCAACGUAAAUUGUGAUCUCUAGGUGCAAUCAAACUUGGAAAAUCAAUGGAAAGUUGUGCAAGGUUUCAUUCGCCCACCAUUAAAUCUCUUAGAAAACGACAACUAUGAAUUGAGAUUAUUACAAAUUUUUGGAAAUAAUAUUGUGAAGAAAUUGGACAAUUUUAUGGAUAGAAUAAGUACACAAUUCCCAAAUUUUGGAAAAAUAAUUGUUUGCGGCAAAGAAAUCGAGUCAUAUCAACUCAAAAAAGUGUUUUCACAAACUCAUAAACUCCCUACACAGUGUUUUACUGAAAAAGAAACAGUAAACAGUUUUUUGAUUGAUUGCAUGGUUAUGGGACAGGAUAUGACGACACGGUGGAGAGGACAAGUUGAGACGAGUUUUGUGAGUUUUUUUUUUGAUUUAAAGAGAAUCUUAAAUUUGAAUUUUAGGAUCCAAGAAAUGAAGGACACAAAAUUCAAAAAAUUGAAGUUGAAUGCCAAUUUGAAAAUGCAAAUUUUAAUUAA